UUUAAGUUAACGAUCUGGAGCAUCAAAUACCUAGCCAGUAACCACCCGUUCUCUCUCUGUUUAAACGGAUCCGUUACAACCCCGUCACAAGGCAACCCCUUAACGCCUUCAAUCUCACAUACUCCGUCACCGGUCCCCUCCUCCAUCUGUCGACUGUCCGUCACUGUGACCUUAACGUCGUCACCUCUCUCCCUUCGAAACCCAAAACCUAUUUCUCCCUUUCUCUUUCUCAUGGCAUCAGACGAUUUUCCUCUCAUCAAUGAUCCACACGCGCCAACGCGCCACCCUGACGCCGAAUCCGUCAACGGCGGAGACUAUUACACUGCCUACGCAGACUCCGACCAGGACAAAUCCGGAUCCGGCGCUCCAGCAACACCAUCCUCGAAAAGAAACCACCAGAGCCAGCACCACCACUACUACUACAGUAACGAUAACAACAAGAAGCACAAACCCAACGGCAAUAACGUAGAAUCUGAAUCGAAUAUCAGUAAUACGAGCGCCGAAUACCGUGCUGAUUAUCGAAAGGACAGGGAAGAAUGGAGUGACACGGCGAUAUCGUGCUUAUUGGAUGCGUAUACGGAGAAGUACAACCAGCUGAACAGAGGAAAUCUGCGGGGGAGAGAUUGGGAGGAGGUGGCAGAGGCGGUAAGUGAGAGAGGAGGUGGUAAUAACAAGAAGAGUGUUGAACAGUGUAAGAACAAGAUUGAUAACUUAAAGAAAAGAUAUAAAGUGGAGUUACAGAGGAUAAAUAAUAGUGCCGGAGGAUUUGGGAGUGGUGGUUCAAGUAGUUGGCAUUGGUUCAAGCAGAUUGAAGCAAUUAUGGGGAAUUCUUCCAAUGCUAAGGCUGGUGGGGGUGGAGAGAGUGAAUGUGGUGUUGGAGGGAGUGGUGGGACUGGGAAUUGUAACUUGCUGGCUAGACAAGUCAAAAGAUACCCACCUAGCAAUGUUGCCUUUGCAAACAAUCUGAAAGCCAAAUCAAUGCCUAAUUUAAAAUGGCGGAGAGUAGUGUUUAAAAUUAGUGGUGCUGCAUUGGCUGGAAACUGCCAGAAUAUUGACCCAAAGGUGGCAAUGCAGAUUGCAAGGGAAGUAGCAACAGCUUGCCGCUUAGGGCUAGAGGUAGCAAUUGUUGUUGGGGGUCGUAACUUCUUUUGUGGAGACUCGUGGAUAUCUGCUACUGGCUUAGAGAGACCUACUUCUUAUCAGAUUGGUAUGAUGGCUACAGUGAUGAACUCUAUAUUGCUUCAGUCGGCUUUAGAGAAGCUGGGUGUUCAAACCCGUGUGCAAAGUGCAUUCGCAAUGCCAGAAUUAGUUGAACCUUAUAGCCGGAAACGAGCCAUUCGACAUCUUGAGAAAGGAAGAGUGGUCAUAUUUGGUGGUGUUGGUGCUGGUGCUGGAAAUCCACUAUUUACUACUGAUACAGCGGCAGCUCUGAGGGCUUCUGAGAUUAAUGCAGAGGCACUCCUUAAAGGUACAAAUGUUGAUGGCAUCUAUGACUGUCACUCUGGUAAUACCAACAUAAUGCUGGAUCACUUGUCUUUCAGAGAAGUGGUUUCCAGGGGCGUCGCCCUCAUGGACAUGAUGGCAAUUACAUACUGUGAAGAGAAUGGAAUUCCAGUUGUAGUCUUUAAUUUGCUUGAGCCUGGGAAUAUUUCAAGGGCAUUAUGUGGAGAUCAAGUUGGUACUUUGAUUGAUCAAGCUGGCAGGAUUAGCUAAUGCCUACGGAACCUUGUUUCUGCUAAUGCCUUAAAGGUUAGUUUCGCUUAAGCAGCAGUAUUCCUGAUACGUUGUCAAGAAACACUGGACUAUCAUGAAUUUAGGGGCAUCAGCUUGUAUCUUCAGAAGAAGAUUGAGCUGCAUGAUCAAUAUAAAGCUGCUACCUGUAAUAAAAGAUGUGAGAGGAGGAUGUUGGCACUUCGACCGUGCUUAAUUGACAGCUCAAUGCUGUCAAUAAAUGAUGCUUAAAGAUGCCAAAUGCUUGCUCUGGGCAAAAGGGAAAAAGAUUGUUGAGCUUUUCAACUCACCUCUGUUUUGUUUGCAGCUUGUGUUUUUCACGCUUGAACCUGGCCUUGUUUGUAAAUUAUUCUGUAGUUAAAAAUGUUACUAAUAGGGUAAAGAAUUUGGUUAGGAUGUAACUAAGAUGAUCAUUUUUAAAGUAAAUUUAUAAUGUUUUGUACAGGUUGCAAUGGGAAA